AGCAGGUUGAGUUUUCGUCUGCUCCCCGCCGGCAAUGCCUCUCGCCUCCCCGCUCCUCCUACCAGGCGCCGCCGCCAGCCCGGCCGCGCCCCCGUGGCGGGAGCAGGUCACCGUCCGCGGCGUCGCCGUAGCGGCGGCGCUGGGCGCGCUGCUAUGCGUGGUCAUCCACCGCCUCAACCUCACCGUCGGGGUCAUCCCGGCGCUCAACGUCGCCUCGGGCCUCCUCGCCUUCUUCCUCGCGGCGGCGUGGCAGGCCGUCGCCGGAAGACUAGGGUUCGGCCGUGGGCCGCCCUUCACCAGGCAGGAGAACACCGUCAUCCAGACAUGCGCCAUCGCCUGCGCCGGCAUCGCAUUUAGCGGGUGCUCGGCCUCGUACAUCUUUGCAAUGGACAGGAAGACUUAUGAGCUCGUGGGACCAGACUAUCCGGGUAAUCGACCGGAGGAUGUUAGAGAUCCUUCACUUGGAUGGAUGAUCAGUUUCCUGUUCCUCAUUGCUCUCCUUGGGCCAUUUAGCAUUGUCAUUCUGCGAAAGGUGAUGGUGAUUGAUUACAAGCUUACAUUCCCUGGUGGGACUGCUACUGCCCUGAUGAUUAAUAGCUUGCAUGGGAAAGCAGAAGGUGAUCUUGCAGGGAAAAAGGUAAAUUGUCUUGUAAAGUACAUGAGCAUUAGUUUUGGCUGGAGCUUCUUUAAGUGGUUCUUUAGUGGUGUUGGUGACUCUUGUGGUUUUGACAAUUUCCCGACAUUUGGGCUUUUAGCUUUUCAGAAUACAUUUUAUUUCAACUUCAGUCCUAGUUAUGUUGGGUUUGGUCUUAUUUCCCCCCAUAUUGUGAACUGCUCGGUUUUCCUUGGGUCAGUCAUAUCUUGGUGUUUUCUUUGGCCAUUUAUCAGUGCAAAGGCUGGUCAUUGGUACCCAGAUAACCUUGGUAACAGUGACUUCAGAGGCCUGUAUGGUUAUAAGGUUUUCAUAGCCAUUUCUAUCAUACUUGGAGAUGGUCUCUAUAACUUGGUUAAGAUAUUUGUCAUUAUUGCUAAGGAAUUCUGUAAUGUACGAUCCAAACAGCAUGAUCUUCCUGUUGAAGCUCUGGAAGAUGAUGAGAACUCUGAACAGUUAGUGGAAGAGAAACUACAAACUGAGGUAUUCCUCAAAGAUAGUAUACCUCCUUGGUUUGCUGCUUCUGGUUACAUCGCACUGGCAGCAAUAUCCACCGCCACUGUGCCCACCAUAUUUCCCCAGCUCAAGUGGUACCUUGCCCUCUUGUGCUACUUCCUUGCUCCUGCUGUUGCCUUCUGCAACUCCUACGGCAUGGGCCUCACAAACCUGAACCUCGCCCCCACCUACGGCAAGAUCGCCCUCUUCGCAUUCGCCUCACUUGUCGGCAGUGACGGCGGUGGAGUCAUCGCUGGCCUUGCAGCAUGUGGCAUCAUAAUGUCCAUCGCCUGCUCCACAGCCGAUCUAAUGCAGGACUUCAAGAGUGGAUACCUGACCCUCUCCUCGCCACGGUCAAUGUUCGUUGCCCAGCUGAUCGGCAUUGCACUCGGGUGUGUCAUUGCUCCACUCACGCUGUGGCUCUUCUGGACGGCCUUCGACAUCGGCAAUCCUGAUGGCGAGUACAAGGCCCCAUUUGCCAUCAUGUUUCGGGAGAUGGCCAUCCUGGGUAUCAAAGGCUUCUCCGCACUCCCUAUGCACUGCGUUGAGAUCUGCUGUGCCGCCUUUUUCCUCGCCUUGGCCAUCAGUCUCCUGAAGGACGUGACGCCCCCGAACGUGUCCAGGUUCAUCCCCAUACCGAUUGCCAUGGCCGCGCCGUUCUAUGUUGGCGCCUACUUCGGUGUGGACAUGUUCAUAGGCACGGUGAUCUUGUUCGCCUGGCAAAAGCUGAACCGGGAGGAGGCCGACGGUUACGCGGUGGCUGUGGCGUCUGGGCUGAUCUGUGGGGAUGGGAUCUGGAGCAUCCCUUCCGCUGUUCUAUCCAUCCUGGGAAUUAACCCACCAAUCUGCAUGUCCUUCAAGCCUUCCUCUGCUUCCAGGUGAGAAGAUGGAUGGAAGGUUAUAUUCUUGGCCACGUGGUUGUACCAUCGAUGAACUCUUGUAAAUUGUAAAUACACACAAGUUGUACAUUAGCAGUUCUUAAUUUGUACAAAUGGUGUAAAAAUGAUGGGCCACCAUGAGAGCCACUAUUCCUGAUUAAUUAUAUGAAUCUUGUAAAUUGAUGAAUUUGUAUAAAUUUUGCAUUUGUUACAAAUAUAUUAUAAGCUACAUUCCAAUUUUCUGAACUGAAA